GUCAUUCGCCAAUCAUUCGAUUCAGAAAGAUAUAGAUAUAGACGGUCAGAUCGGCGAUAUAGCUAGAUUGUUGAGAAAAGAGAUAUGAAAGGAGAUGACGAUUUUGGACCGGAUCGCCGGAUUGAGUUUGAGACCGAUGAUGAAGAGAAUGAGGCGCAAAGAGCCUGCGACAGCGAGGAUGACUCGGAUUCCGACUCGGUUGAUCACUCUCGACACGCUUCCGGAGUCUACGUUGAUUCCGACGAGCUAUUAUGGCCUCAAAGUUACAGGCAGUCAAUUGAUAUGUAUUCGACUAUAAAUACAAAUUCCUUUAGCUUUUUAAGGGGAUCUCAGUCUUCCAAUUCCGAUUCUCUACUGACAACACCCUUAGUUACAGUAGAAAAUCCAGACAAUGAAGGACAAAUUGGGAUGCCCUUGAUUGAUAAGCCAAUUUCUUCCCAGACUGGCUUCUUUGUGGAUGAGUUACCACCACCAAGCGAGCAAUGUUCAUAUCUCCAGACAGUCCUAAAUGCAAUCAAUAUUCUGUGUGGAAUUGGGCUUGUUUCCACACCUUAUGCACUCAAACAGGGAGGGUGGUGGAGUCUCUCCAUUCUUUUUAUACUGGGAAUGAUCACUUGCUACACUGGAGUUCUGUUAAAAAGAUGUCUAGAAAGUUCACGUGAUCUCAAAACUUACCCGGAUAUUGGCCAAGCUGCAUUUGGAGUGUCUGGUCGCAUAAUCUUAGCUAUAACCUUGUACAUGGAGUUAUACUCUUCUUGCGUGGAGUACUUGAUUAUGAUGAGUGAUAAUCUCUCUUCAUUUAUGCCAAAUGCUAAUAUGAGUUUUGCUGGAAGUAGCCUUGAUUCAUUUCAACUCUGUGUUAUAAUAUCAACUCUCUGUAUUCUUCCAACUGUGUGGCUUCGAAAUCUAAGCCUGCUUUCAUAUCUUUCAGUUGGUGGAGUAGUAACAGCAAUUCUAGUUUCAGUUUGCUUGUUUUGGGUUGGAACAAUUGACAAUGUUGGUUUCCAUCCAAAUGAUAGAGCUUUAGAAAUUGCAAAGCUACCUAUCACAAUAGGCCUCUUUGGUUUCUGCUAUGGCAGUCAUUCUGUUUUUCCAAAUAUCUAUUCUUCAAUGAAGGACCCAUCAAGAUUCCCCUCUGUGCUUAUAAUCAGCUUCAUUUCAUCCACUCUUUUGUAUGCUGGGGUUGCAGUAUGUGGUUUUCUUAUGUUUGGUGAUGAAACAAAGUCUCAAUUCACAUUAAACAUGCCACCUGAAUUUACCGCCUCCAAAGUUGCUGCUUGGACGAUGUUCAUUGCUCCUCUGACAAAGUAUGCAUUGACAAUCACUCCCAUUGCGUUCAGUAUCGAGGAACUGUUGCCAUCAGCCAAGCUCAGUUCUUCUUAUGGUAGAUCAAUAAUCAUAAGAACAAUACUGGUUGCAUCUACCUUUGUAGUUGCACUAUCAUUUCCCUACUUCGGAUCUGUAAUGGCUUUCAUUGGGAGUUUCCUUGUGAUGCUUCUUUCUAUCGUUUAUCCUUGUGCCUGCUACCUGAGCAUCACCCGGGGUCGAUUAUCAAAUUUAGAGGUUGCAACUAAUGUUGUGAUAAUGAUGAUUGGCCUUUUCUGUGCUUUGGUGGGAACUUAUUCAGCUAUUGCAAGUGCAGGAGAAGAGAAGGGGCAAUGAUGAACUCAAUGUGUGUUUUCUAAAUUGUUGAGAAAUAGCUAGCUAGCUGGUAUUUAAUCAGAUGGAUUUAUGGUUACUUCUGUUUCAAUUAAUGUACUAUUUUCAUUUUUGU